ACAUGGCGGCGUGAAACUGUGAAAAAAACUAGCUCGGCCGAAGUACUGUCAAUGAAACAGCGGAAAGUUCGUUUUUUUAGCGCCGGAGAGACGAAAAAUCGUAGGUAGCAUUGGCAUGUCUAGCUUCUGCGCUGGUUGGAAGCGGAAAAGUGCCGGAAUAAACUAGGUUUAUGGUCGCUUCUCUGUUCGCUUGCUGAACGUUAAGCGCUGCAAACAACAAGGAGAAGCACGGCUGAAAUGAACGCGGACAUAUUAUGCAAUGGACACUCUACACUUCAUGGUUUUUUGAACCAUCAGCCCUCAAAGGCACAGCAUCAUGAGGAAAUUUCUGUCCAAGUUAUCCAAGAUGGGAAAUCCUCCAGGAUAUUUUGCACACAUAUGGAUGCACAAAAUAAUUCCAAAAGACCCAGUACUGUAAACGGAGAGAUUAUUCUCCCCAUGCUAGCUGUGAGUGAAGACCUUCAAAUUUCAACAUGCAUAGCAGAAGAACAGACGAGACAUCUUCGUUGCCGACAGUCUCAUGUAGCCCCACCAGCUAAAGUCACUCCAGAGGUCACCUUCACUUAUCCAGCCUGUCAGAGGAAAGCAAGCUGUCGCAAAUUCAAAGCCAAGAAAUCUUCACAAAGAGUUGCAGCGAGCAAGAAUUCCAAUAACCGGAAGGUCACAGACUACUAUCCCAUACGAAGAAGCUCACGAAAAAGCAAAACUGAAAUAAAGUGUGAACAGAAGAGACACAUAGACGAGCUGAUCACAGAAGGGAUAGAAAAUGGAAUGAUGGUAAGGUACACUGAAGGAAAGGGAAGAGGAGUAUUUGCCACCCAAAGCUUCCAGAAAGGGCAGUACGUAGUGGAAUAUCAUGGCGACCUGUUGCUGAAAACUGAUGCCAAAAAAAGGGAGGCUGUAUAUGCACAAGACCCAACCAUGGGCUGCUACAUGUAUUACUUCCAGUAUCUCAGCAAAACAUACUGUGUGGAUGCCACGAAAGAAACUGGCCGCAUGGGAAGGCUCAUCAACCACAGUAAGAGCGGAAACUGUCAGACCAAACUCCACGACAUCAAUGGAAUACCUCAUCUGAUCCUUGUGGCCUCCAGAGAUAUAGAGGAGGAAGAGGAGCUGCUGUAUGACUACGGCGACCGGAGUAAAGCCUCUUUAGCUGCUCACCCAUGGCUCAAACAUUGAUGGAUUUCAGAGAUGGGAACUACUAACACCUUGUUUAUUAAAUCCGGGUUUUAAUGUAAUUAUUGCCUUAGCAAACUGAGAAUGUUUAAGGGUUGGACCUUGUUCAGGUGUGUUCAACGGUGACUUAAACACAGUUAGGUUACGGUACAUAAUCCACACAGCCUACAUGAUACUUUUAAAGAUAUUUAUCCUGCUAUAUGACAUGCUAGUUUUGAGACAUUUCUUUUUUGUAUAUUUUAUAUACUUGUAGAGCAGUGCUUCCAGAGCAUGCAGUUAUAGUCCAACUUUCUGCAUUUUUAUAAAGAGUUUUCUUAAGCCAGUUUAUAGUAGUUAGUGGCUUAGCAAUAAUUAUUUAUGAUGCGCAAACGUUUCUGUGGAAUGCAAAUGAUGCUUAAAAGAGCCGUGUUUUAAAAGCUUGGGAUAACUGGAAGGUACUCCUCUCACUCGACUUAAUUUGGAGUCAGUUUUACCACGUUAAGUGCAAAUUCAUGAAUUUGAACAAAGCUGUACUUCUCGUUUAGUACCAAAUGACCCAAGUAAAAUUAUUCAGCUGAUUCUGUAUGCUGGGUUUAGCUGCAUUGUUUAAUAAAACAGUUUUAAGCAAAA